UUUAAUCAACAUAUUUAUCUACAAAUGGUCAGCUACAUCUUCUCCCUCCACCUGUUGCUGCUGGUUAAGAUGCAGAGGUCUCAGCUUUUCCUGCAGUGAAACAAUCACGGCAUGUUUUCUGACAUUCUUACUGGGAAGCUUUUCCAACCUCAGAUUUUGACAGUGUGUCCGUUGUCCUCCACAGUCUCUGAGCAGGAGGACCAAGGAAGGCAGAGAAGGAGGGGCCGGCCCAGUUAGAGACCAAUAGGGCACUGAUGAAGCAUUUAUAUUUGUUAAAUCAUUAAUACUGAAUGGAAAAUCUCACUUUAUCUGCCCUAGAUAUAGCUGCAGAGCAGGAUUAUAAUUCCAGCCCUGAUCACUGUCAUUAAACAGUGUCAUUAAACUUGACAGCUGAGAAGAAACGCCCCCAGUCAGCCACAGCCCAAAAUAUUUAAGUAUAAGGGACGUACACUUUUCACCGUGUUCAGAGCAGCAGUCAGACCUCAGGGUAACUCAUGAAUUCAAAGAAGUCACUCCGCCUGAAAGCACGAGGGAACAACAAAGAAGGCGCCUUAAGAUGGAUACCAGUGAGAGGACUAGAGCGCCCUCAGAGGGACAAAAGUUGGUGGAAGACGCUGCUUCCCUAAAUAUCAUCCAUAAUUUUGGAAUAGAAGCAGCCAGGAGCGAUGCCUCAAUGCACAACCCCGAUACGCUUUUCAAAAAGGACCCACCUGAGAGUGAUCCCUCCUCAAACAUCCAGACUGAUGCCAACAGAGUAGUAACAGAGAGUGAUGAACACGAAUGUUCGGAAUCGACAGAAACUGACAGAAAUGCCAUAUUUGAGGUGGUGGGAGACAAAGCCAAAAGCAUUUUGGUGAGUGAGCUGAAAAGAUAUGAGAGGAUGCUCUUUCCCCACCAAGCUUAUGAAAGUGACGAUCACAAGAAAGGCUUUUUGACGAGACAAGACUCAAAGACAGACAGUGCCAGUGAGGGGGCACUGAAGAUUACUCUUCACGUCCUAAAGGAAAUAGGCCAACAAGUACUUGCCAACAAACUGGAGAAACAUGUUUAUGGGGAACUUGAUGUCUGUCAGCGCAAGCUCAGACGCAAACUGAAAAAGUUUGACUACAUUUAUGAAGGAGUGGCACAGCAUGGGAACCAGACACCACUCAACAAGGUGUACACCGAACUCUACAUAACAGAAGGAGUCUGUGAAAGUGUCAACAAUGAACAUGAGGUCAGGCAGAUUGAGGCUAUGACCAGGAGAUGGGCAACAGAAGAUAAGCCAAUCAAACUUAAAGACAUCUUUGAGCCCCUGCCAGAACAACACAUGAUCAUCCGAACUGUGCUGACCAAAGGUAUUUCGGGAAUUGGGAAAACUGUCUCUGUGCAGAAGUUCAAUCUUGAGUGGGCUGUGGGGAGAAUCAACCAAGAUAUCCAGCUUCUGUUGAAUCUUCCAUUCCGAGAGCUCAAUCUGAUGAUGGAGAAACACUACACACUCACGCAGCUUCUGCAUAAUUUCCUAGCUGAGACCGAAGAAUCAGAAUCAAUUUCAGAUUUUGGAAAGUACAAACUUGCUCUGAUUUUUGAUGGGUUGGAUGAGUGUCGGCUCCCCUUGGACUUUGACCACAAUGAGCCCUGCUACAGCGUCUCAGAGCCGAUGUCAGUAGAUGUUCUGCUAACAAACCUCAUCAAGGGGAACCUGCUGCCUUCUGCACACAUCUGGAUCACCUCCAGGCCUGCUGCUGCAAAUCGCAUCCCAGCUGAUCUGGUGAACCGUGUGACAGAGAUACGAGGGUUCAACAAUCCAAAGAAGGAAGAGUACUUCAGGAAGAAAAUCUCUGAUCAAGACAUGGCCAGGAAGGUCAUCUCACAUGUGAAGUCCAUCAGGAGCCUCCAUAUCAUGUGUCACAUACCAGUCUUCAGCUGGAUUUCUGCCACUGUUCUGCACAGGAUUUUAAAAGAAAGAGCACGCAACAAAAUAGAGGAAGAUGAGAGCCGAAGAGAAAUGCCUGAGACUCUAACUCAAAUGUACGCACAUUUCCUGGUGUACAACUCAAUGCUCCGGUUGAGGAAGUAUUCAGCAGGAAAGGAGGCAUCUGAGACAGAGUCCCAGGACAAAACAGAUGAAGAGAUGAUCUUGAAGCUUGGGAAACUGGCCUUUGAGCACCUGAUGAAAGGCAACAUGAUCUUCUAUGAGAAUGAACUGCAUGAGUACAACAUCAAUGUUGACGAUGCUGCAAUAUAUUCAGGAGUGUUCACGCAGAUCUCAAAGAAUGACUUCGGAGUUCAUGUGGAGAGAGUGUAUUGCUUUGUCCAUCUCAGCAUACAGGAGUUCUUUGCGGCGAUGUAUGCUUUCCACACGUUCGUCUGCUUCAACCAGAACCUGCUGGAGCCCCAAGUAACAACCACAGUCCAGGAGUCUCCCAGCAAAGUGACCAGCCUUCUCCAGAGUGCAGUGGAUAGAGCCUUGCAGAGCAACAACGGACACCUGGAUCUGUUUCUCCGCUUCCUUCUCGGCCUCUCACAGACGACCAAUCAGGCUUUGUUAAAGAAAGUCCUGACCAAAAUGAAAACCAGCACACCAGUUAAUGAUGCAAUCAUUGAGUACAUCAAGGCAAAGAUUCAUCAAAGUCCAUCCCCAGAAAGAUGCAUCAAUCUCUUCCGCUGCCUCAGUGAGCUGAACGAUCAGUCUCUGUUGGAGGAGAUCCAGCACUACCUGAACUCUGGUAGUCUGUCAGAGACCACCCUGUCACCUUCACAGUGGUCUGCUCUGGUCUUCAUGUUGCUGACCUCCAAGGAAGAGUUGGAUGAGUUUGACCUGAGGGAAUACUCACGAUCAGAGGAGGGUCUUCUGAGGCUGUUGCCAGUGAUCAAAGAAUCCAGAGUCGCAUUGCUCAAAGAAUGCAACCUGACAGACAGAUGCUGCAAAGAACUUGGUGCAGUUCUUAGGAAUUCAUGCCUGAAAGAGCUGGACUUGAGCGAUAACGAUCUUCAAGACUCAGGUUUACAAAUGUUGUCCGAUGGACUGGCAAGUCCAACAUGUCAGCUGGAAAAACUGAGGUUGCCCUUCUGUGGGAUCACAGAGAUUGGCUGUAGGUAUUUGGCUGAAGCUCUGAGGUCAAACACCAAGUACCUGAAGGAACUGGAUCUGCGUUAUAAUCAUCCAGGACAUCUUGGAACAGAGCUCCUGUCCAGUUUGGAAAAGGAAAUGAAAAACUUAAAUAUCAGCUUGACCCACAAUGCUGAGUGCUACUUGAAAUCAUCUCUGAAGAAAUAUGCCUGCCACCUCACAAUGGAUGUGAACACUGCCCACUCACACCUGGCUUUCUCUGAAGACAAGCAAAGAAUGACUCACAUGGUGACAGUACAGCCAUAUCCUGACAGACCAGAGCGGUUUACAGACUGGGGACAGGUGCUCUGUAAAGAGGGUCUGUCUAGUCGUUGCUACUGGGAGGUGGAGUGGAUGGGGGACCGUGCAGGUAUCGGGGUGGCUUAUAAAGGAAUCACAAGAAAAGCCAAAAGCAACGAUUCUGUCUUUGGCUUCAACAGUCAGUCCUGGAAUCUGCGCUACUGCUAUGGUAAAUACACCGCCUGGUACAACAGGGAUGUUGUAUCAGUAUCUGCCCCCAGAAACAACUCCAAAAGGGUUGGAGUAUUCUUGGACUGGUCAGCUGGGACACUGUCCUAUUAUGCUAUAUCAUCAAACACCAUGACGCACCUGCAUACUUUCCAUGCUGUAUUCUCGGAGCCGUUGUACCCAGGCUUCAGGCUGGGAGCUGCAGAAACAUCAUUAAAUCUGUGCCAGCAGGAGUGCCCUUAAGUGCUGAAAAUAUGCAGCAUGCAUGUUCCUGAAACUUGUACAUAGAAACAGAGGCUGAAAAAAUCAAACCAAGGACUGCUGGUAUAAAUAAAAUAGCAGGGCUGAGCUCCCCCCUUCUUAGGGCCUGUUUUCAUAGCCACCAUUUUUGCGCUAGCAGCGCUCAUUUUCAAUGAGAAAGCAAAUGUAGUUCAUCCAACUUUCUGCUCAUCUAAAAGAGAGAAAAAGUUUUCUAGAAGCCUUUUUCUGCCACUUAAAAAAGAAAAAUGUGAAACCAAUUCUUAAGAUACAAGUUAUAUCAGAAAAAAGGUUGAAAUAAUUAGGCAAGAAGUUAUUAUUAUGAGGUAAAAAGUCAUAACUGUGAUGACUUUUCAUCUUAAAAUUGUGACUUUUUAUCUUAUAAUUCUGACUUUUCAUCUUAUGAUAGUGACUUCAUCUCAAAAUUUCCACUUUUUAUAUCAUAAUUUCGAUUUUUUAAUCUCAUAAUUUUGGCUUUUUAUCUUAUAAAUUCCACUUUUAUUGCAUGAUAAUGACUAUCUAUAAUAUUGACUUUUUAUCUCAUAUUUUUGACCUUUUUCUCAUUACGUUGACUUUUUAUCUUGUAAUUUUACCUUUUCAUCUCAUAAUUUCAUUUUUUAUCUCAUAAUUUCUACUUCUAUCUCAUAACUAUGA